CUGAACCUAGCUAUAUUAGCUAGUACUCCACCACCUGCAGAACGAUUCGAGAACGUACCAGCAACGACCGACGAAGUAACCAUGGCUCACGUGGAUGUAGUAUACCAGCUAUUCCUCGUCCCUCUCGUACUACUGCUGUUGCACUUGGCCUCCCGAAGCCUUCGUAUCAGCAACAAGCAGCGGCAGGCGAAGCAUCCCCCGCCGUCGCCUCCGGGACUUCCCAUCAUCGGCCACAUGCACCUCGUCGGCGACCUCCCACAUGUCUCCCUCCGUGACCUCGCCACGAAGCACGGCCAUGGCGGCGGCCUCAUGCUCCUGCGUCUCGGCGCCGUUCCGAACCUCGUCGUGUCGUCCCCGCGCGCCGCUCAGGCGAUCAUGAGAAGGCACGACCACAUCUUUGCCUCGCGACCGACGUCCAAGCUCUCCGACGACCUCCUGUACGGGUCUUCGGACAUCGGCUUCGCCCCAUACGGCGAGCACUGGCGACAGGUCAGGAAGCUCGUCACCACGCACCUCUUCACCGUCAAGAAGGUGCAGUCCUACCGCCUCGCCCGCCAAGAUGAGGUACGCCUGGUGAUGGCCAAGAUCCGGGAGAUGGCGGCCGCGAGCACGGCCGUGGACAUCAGCGAGAUGAUGAACACGUUUGCCAACGACAUCGUGUGUCGUGCCGUGUCGGGCAAGUUCUUCAGAGCAGAAGGCCGGAACAAGCUGUUCAGGGAGCUGAUUGAGAUAAACUCUGUUAUGUUUGGAGGAUUCAACUUGGAAAACUACUUCCCAGGGUUAGCAAAUUGGCUAGGUUUGCUCACCAGCUGGUUUAUGAGCAACAAGGCCAACGAGGCACGCAAAAGAUGGGACGAGUUGCUUGAAAAGAUAAUAAGCGACCACGAGACCUCUAAGCAUCGUCAUGGUGGAGGUGCUCAGCAAGAAGAGAGUGACUUCAUCGAUGUGUUGCUCGCCGUUCAGCAAGAGUACGGUAUCACCAGAGAUAAUAUCAAGGCCGUCUUGAUGGACAUGUUCAGUGCGGGCACAGACACAUCGUCUUUGGUCCUGGAACUCGCCAUGGCCGAGCUCAUGCGCAACCCUCAGCUCAUGACCAAGCUACAAGCUGAGGUGAGGAAGAACACACCGAAGAGACAAGAAAUAGUGGAGGAAGAGAACCUAGCUAGCAUGGCUUAUCUGAGAGCCGUCGUGAAGGAAACACUAAGGUUGCACCCGCCUGCUCCGCUCCUCCUCCCACACUUGUCCAUGGCAGACUGUGAUGUUCAUGGCUACACGAUCCCUUCUGGAACGCGAGUCGUCAUCAACUCAUGGGCCAUUAGCAGGGAUCCAGAGUCAUGGGAGAAGCCAGAGGAGUUCAUGCCAGAGAAGUUCGUGGACGGUGGCAGCGCUGCGGCCAUCGACUUCAAGGGGAUGGACUUUCAGUUUGUGCCGUUCGGGGCUGGCCGGAGGAUCUGCCCUGGACUCAACUUUGGGUUGGCAACUGUAGAAAUCAUGCUGGCGAACCUUGUGUACUGUUUCGAUUGGGGACUGCCUGCCGGCAUGGAGGAGGAUAUUGAUAUGACGGAGGUGUUUGGAUUGACGGUUCAUCUUAAGGAGAAGCUCAUCCUUGUUCCGAAACUGCCUGAUACUGUUGGUCACGCCAUGCAAGCUGUGGCGAAAGACGUAACGGCGUGAUCUGUAAAAGAUGCGUGUAUAUAUAUAUAUAUAUAUAUAUAUAUAUAUAUAUAUACACACACACACACGUCCAUAUGUUAAUUCGUACAGAAACUAUAUAUGUAUGCUAGCUGCUUGUUAAUACAUAGUUGCACUGCAGAUAUGCUAGAUAUGUUUGGACUGACCAUACGUUGUACGGAGAAAAUCUUCCUCGUCCAGACGUUCAUCAUGUACUUCAGGACUAUCAUAUGGAUUGAGGACUCAAUCGGUAUAUAUAUAUAU